UUAUCGUCUGCUGCAGCAGACAACCCGGCAGCGAGAGGAGGGGACGUACUCGGGCAUUCGGAGCGAACACGUUACCAGCACGGCCAAAUUAAGCCAGAAUUUAGAAAAUAAUUAUUGGGAAAAAAAUCUACAAGCAGAGGUAUUUAAAUAAACAGGAAGUUAAAAUUUCUAGAGAUUCAUUUGGCCCCUCCCUCUCUUAGUACUAUAAGUUGUGUAACAUUUUUAUUGUAGCCUACUCUUUUCGCAUUGUUUACUGUCCAUAAAGAAAAUUUGUGGGGAAAAAAAACCUGCAUUUGCUACCUUACGUUUCCAACCUCUAUUUUCACACAAAUAAAUGGGUGAUUACGGGUUCGGUUUGUUACAGACAGCCAACAUUGACAGCAGCUCUACGGUCUUUGGCGGAGGAGCCUUCAGGUCCUACGCGUCUCCCUCCCUUGCUUCGAGUGCCCGAGUCUCCCCCGUUUCUCCCAGCGGCUUCACGGUCUCCGGCAGCAGCUGCGCCUCCGUCGCGUCCUCGCCGUUUCCGUUCGCUGCUGCGCAACAGCGAAACAUGCAGGAUGAGCUGCUCUUUGGUGUGACGAUCACGCAGCGGCAGCAGCAGCGGCACUCUCCGUCCACCGACGACGACGACAGCAGCAGCGACGGCACGACCCGUCACACCGGGGCGCAGCGAUCCGGCCACGGCAGCGGCGUUAACAACAAUCCCGAUUGCGGCAAUCAACUGGGUCAGCGGACGCGGACGGACUACGACCGGCUCAACCAGAACCAGCAACAGUUGCCCGAUUUUAAGAGCGUGAAUCCAGAGAAAUUCGGCCAGACGCAGCAGAUUUGUGACCUUCAUCAGCAGCGCAAGAAGCAUCAGCAAAUCAUUGGACAGCAGCCGCAGCAGGAGACGGAGUUCGGCACCGUGCAGCCGCCCCCACCCCAGGGAGAGGUCGGUGUCCCCGGACAGAAGCAGCAGUAUCCCGCUAUAACCCAGCACCACCGAGGGUCUCCCGAGUCGGAACACAGCUCAAACGGGAGCCCCGGUCGGGUCGCCCCCUUAUCAACCGAGGACGUCGACGCCAAUGUGGUGACCGCUGCGUCACCGUCGCCCUCUUCCGCGAAUCCGAACAAGGUCAAGAUCCAAAUGGACUCCCCCACCGCCCACCUCAUUAACAACGGCAAUGGAAACGGCGCCGCAAGCAUGCUGGCCGGCGGUCUCGGAGCCGGCUUCUCCAGCCUCCCGAACGCAGAAAUGCAGAGUCCGCACCAGAAUGCGGGCGGCUCCACAUCCCCGACCUUACCCGGAUUCGGAACCCCGUGGUCGGUCCAGACCAGCUCCCCGCCGCCGCCUGUCACUAGCUCCGCCAACCCCAAUCACGCAAACGCUAUGAAUCAGGUCUCCGGUACCGAACCCGACAACAGUUUCUACCCCGGGCUCCCUUCCUCCAUCAACCCGGCGUUCUUCCAGAGUUUCUCGCCAGUUUCGCCUAAUCCCUGUGCGGGGAUUAACGUGCCGGGCUUCGGCAACCCUUUCUCGCCCCAGAUCAACGUUCCGCAGCCGCAGCAGAGCCGGCGGUCCCCGGUCAGUCCACAGAUGCACCAGCAGCACCAGGGCGCCUAUCUCCAGCAUAGGAACAACUAUAACCAGCACCAGCCCAUGAUGAAGCAGUCUCCCUGGAGCAGCCACCAGGGGGGUGGUUGGAGCUCUGCUGGUGUGUCCUGGGGCGGGGUGCACGGCCGGGACCACCGGCGUGGCGGGGGCAUGGGGGUCCCCGGUACUGUAAACCAGAUCUCACCGAUGAAGAAGCCCUUCUCCAGCAGCGUCAUUGCCCCGCCCAAGUUUCCGCGCUCCACCGCUGGCACGGCUGCCUCACUUACACCCAAGUCCUGGAUGGAGGACAACGUGUUCCGCACUGACAGCAACAGCAACACACUUCUGCCCCUACAGGACCGUUCCAGAAUGUACGACAGCCUGAACAUGCACUCCCUCGAAAGUUCCCUGAUUGACAUUGUGAGAGCUGAGCAGGAUCCCAUGAAGGGCCGAGUCGGAUUCCCACACCAAGGGGCUGACAAUCUCCUCAUGCUCAAUGGCCGCUCCUCCCUCUUCCCCAUUGACGAUGGUCUCCUCGACGACGGCCACAGCAACCAGGGGGUUCCUGGCGUCCUCGGCUCCCCCAAUUGCUACCCUCACCAGAACGGCGAGCGCAUUGAGCGUUUCUCCCGCAAAGUGUUUGUGGGGGGCCUGCCCCCAGACAUCGAUGAAGACGAGAUCACGACCAGCUUCCGUCGUUUUGGCCAUCUGGUGGUUGACUGGCCACAUAAGGCGGAGAGCAAGUCCUACUUUCCCCCCAAAGGUUACGCCUUCCUGCUGUUCCAGGAGGAGAGCUCUGUACAGGCUCUCAUCGAGGCCUGUCUGGAAGAGGAUGGCAAGCUCUACCUGUGUGUGUCCAGCCCCACCAUCAAGGACAAGCCGGUCCAGAUCCGCCCCUGGAAUUUGAGCGACAGUGACUUCGUGAUGGACGGCUCGCAGCCCCUCGACCCCCGGAAGACCAUUUUUGUGGGCGGAGUGCCACGCCCCCUCAGAGCAGUGGAGUUGGCCAUGAUCAUGGACAGGCUGUAUGGAGGGGUCUGCUAUGCGGGCAUCGACACUGACCCGGAGCUGAAGUACCCCAAGGGUGCAGGCCGUGUGGCCUUCUCCAAUCAGCAGAGCUACAUUGCAGCCAUCAGCGCCCGAUUCGUCCAGCUGCAGCACGGUGACAUUGAUAAGCGGGUGGAGGUGAAGCCGUACGUGCUCGAUGACCAGCUGUGCGACGAGUGCCAGGGCGCUCGCUGCGGCGGCAAGUUUGCGCCCUUCUUCUGCGCCAAUGUCACCUGCCUGCAGUACUACUGCGAGUUCUGCUGGGCCAACAUCCACUCCCGUGCCGGGCGCGAGUUCCACAAGCCGCUGGUGAAGGAGGGCGCUGACCGGCCCCGACAGAUCCACUUCCGCUGGAACUGAGGUCCCGCCCCCUUCCCACGUCUGUCCCGACGUUUCCUGCUCUUAACCUCUCCCCUGCCUGCUCUUACCCUGCCCCCUGACCCCACCCACAAAAGUAAACACAGGCAGGCAGAAAUAAGUGCAUCCUUCUGUACCCACGCCCAAAAAAUGCGCCACCCACCCUCUGAGACACCCCGGGCACACACUACACACAUUGUCUGUCCUUGGUAGCAGCCAAAAUUCGACACUUAUUGCCCUCCCCCAUCCCCCAACCAAAUCCCCACACAUCUUAGACCCCGACUUUUUCAGCGGUACUUUAUGAUUUUUUUUUAAGUAACACGGCAGAAAAAAACAGGAAUCAAAUCUCUUCCUAUUUUUCCCCCCAAAUUAUUUUUCUACGUAUGGUUUAAAGUAGGUAUGAGGAUUUUUUUUUUUUGACAUGUGAGCAGUUAGCCCCACCCACCUGUCUGCCCACCCCGAUUGCUGCUAUAGCCCCCCUGGUGGAUGAAGUGUGCACUUAUUUCUGGGGAAAAUGAAAAACCUCGGUUCAUAUCUGUCCCAAGUCACGUACCAAAGGUAGCGGAGUGAUAGGAGGUACGCGAAAGAAGCUUUUCUGCCGUGAGCCAACGAAGUCUGAUUUUUGUACCGUCUCUCUUUGCUGUGUAUUCUUACUGGGGAAGAAAAAAACACACUGAUACAGAAAAUGUUACUCUUUCUCUCUCCAUUUUGACUUGCGGAAAAAUAAUACCUCAUUACACUGAUCUGGUUUGUUAUCGGAACAUUUUUAAUCACAAGCUAUAUUAGAAGCUUUUGCUGCUAUAUAUGAUAAAUAAGUAUAUUUAUAGGUGUUAUAAUCAAUGCCAUGUAUUAACACGACAGCAAGUGAGAACAUGCAUAGCACCCAGAAAAAAAACAGC